AUGUGUCAACUCAGCCAUUAUCUUGUUUUUUUUUACGUCACUUGCUGUACAAGUGGAGUAACUAUGGGCUUCUCAUAUUAGUUGCAUUGUGAAGAGGUCUCUACAUGGACACAUUUGUGGAUGGGGCAGAGGGUCUGGUCUCCUCUUUCAGCCAGAGUAACCCUCUCUACGACAAGGAUAUGAAGCUGAGCAGAAGUGACAUCUACAGCUUCCAGAGCAAUGAUAUCAAGCCAGCAAAACCCAAACAGUGUUGUUUGAAUUUUGUUGUGGUCUACCUGAUUUUACUGACUGGAUUGAAUGCAUUUCUUCUGUAUAAAGUAUUUACUCUGGAGUCUGGAAGUCAUAUGGCUUCUGACAAACUGACCUCCUCCGAUCAUAUUCCCCUGGGGGGUGAGCAAGAUGAUCUCUCCAUGAUGGUACGCAACACUAGUCUUGAGACUCGCUCUAUGAAAGGCCAGUUGGGGACGUUGAAGACCCAAGUUGACAGUCUUUGUGGUGAAGAGGGACAACUGGGCAAGCUGAAGGCAGAGCUGGGCAUAGUCAAUGCCAGCACACACCUCCUUCAGGACAAACUUGAAACACUGAGCCGUAAAGCAGGCCCCCCUGGACCAAGUGGACCAAAGGGUGAAUCUGGAAUGGCAGGAGAGCCUGGUCCAAUGGGUGCACCUGGAGAAGCUGGACCUUCUGGUCUGAGAGGAGAAAAAGGAGAGAAAGGUGAAGCUGGACAGUCUGGCCCAAGAGGAGAAAUAGGACUCACAGGAAAACCUGGAGAACAAGGCCCCACUGGUCAACCAGGCCAAGAUGGUUCCCCUGGAGACCAAGGACCUGAGGGACCAGCUGGUCCUGUUGGUCCCAAAGGAUCCCAAGGACACCCAGGCUUCCCUGGGGCUCAAGGACCAGGAUCAAAAGGGGAAAAGGGGGAUCCUGGAUCACCAGGAUCUCUAGGAGAGCCAGGCAAAGAUGGGCCCAAAGGAGAUAAAGGGGAUGAUGGGGGAGUUGGGGCUACUGGGUUGCCAGGAAUACCUGGUCUGAAGGGAGACAGCGGCAGAUCGGGAAUACCUGGAGCACGAGGACCACCAGGACCUAUUGGACCUUCAGGCUUUAAUGGCACCAACGGUCUGAGAGGAUUUCCAGGCUUAGCUGGUAAUCCUGGAGCAGCAGGUCCUCGUGGAGAGAAGGGAGAGAGAGCAGAUACUGAAAUUGUGCGCAUUGUGGGUGGGGGGCCUCGAGGGAGAGUGGAGGUGCUCAACAUGGGGGUCUGGGGCACUGUGUGUGACGAUGGCUUUGAUACUCUCGAUGGGACCGUGAUCUGCAAGAUGCUGGGGUAUCACAGAGCCAGUGCUGUCUACACGGCCAACCCAGGAGUGGGUAAGAUCUGGCUUGAUGACCUGCGAUGCAGAGGCACUGAAACCAGUGUGUUUGAUUGCCCUCACAACGGCAUGGGUGUCAACAACUGUGACCACCAGGAAGACGCUGGGGUUACGUGCAUCUAAAACAUGGAUGGACAAGCAAACACAUACACAAACAAGUACACAGAGAUAUACACACUCUUCAUAAUAGCUACAUAUAUUACAGCUGGAUAAUGUUGUAUCACUCACAGCAAAUAAUGUUAUUAAGGCUUGUAUGGUGCUACAUGGUACAAUCUUUAUUCGGAAUGAUUAGUUGUUGACUUAAACUCUGUUCUGAUUCUGAUUUAGCAAACAUGGCAACUUAAUAAUGUAACUAUAAUUACUUUCCUUUUAAUUGUCAGAUGAUUACAGUAAAUGCCAGUGUUUCACUAAGUCUGUUCUGAAGAAGUUAGUGUUGCAAGUACUUUUUAAGCAGUCAGAUUACAGAUGGGAAAUAGGCUGCAUUUAUAUAGCGCUUUUCUACCUUAGCUGCACUCAGAAACGCCUCUCAUUCACCCGUUCACACUCAUACACCGACGGUGGCAGAGCUGCCAUGCAAGGCGCUAGCCUGCCCAAUCGGGAGCAACUUGGGAUUCAGAGUCUUCUCAAGGGCAUUAUCUACUUACCUGGCUUAGAAUACAUCAGCAUUUAAUGUAAUUUUACACAAUACAUUAAGGAUUAAAACAUUUACACCUAUCUUUGCAAGAUUGAAAGGGCCAAUUGUACUGGGAUGUUUAAUAUUGCAUUUGUCUAAUAAUGGUAAUGUGUAGCUGGUGUGGAGAGGGUCGCAGACGUGUGCUUCUGCUCCGUCCAAAAGUUGAAUUUUUAUUUCUUAAAAGUUACCGAACUUC